AUGAGCGCUGCUAAGAAGAACUGGUAUGAUUCCUUUCCGACACCAAAAUCUAUUCCGGCUCAAGUGUCUCCCGAAGUUCUCCGAGAAAUGAUGCUCGAGUCUGCUCAAGACGAAGAUACUGCCUUUGUCGUGGUCGAUGUACGUCGGACAGAUUUCACCGAGAGUGCUAUUCCAGGCGCCGUCAACAUUCCUGCUCAAUCAUUCUUUCUCUCUCUGGCAACAUUGGCCAAGAUCUUCGGCGACCGUACAGUGAUAUUCCAUUGUCAGUCAAGCUUAGGCCGUGGCACACGAUGUGCAGCAUGGUACGACGAUUACCUCGAGGAGCACAAGCUGGAAGGACAAUCUGCCAUUUUGACUGGCGGCAUCAAAGCGUGGCGCGAAAAGUUCCCAGACUGCCUCAUGAAGAUUCCCGAGGAAGCAUAA